AUGGCGAAUAACACCAUCUUCAUGUCUCCUGAAGAGUCGGAGCGUAUCCAACGUACAAUCAAAGAUAUUGCAAGGCUACGUGAAGAACAGACAGGCCAGUCGAGGGAACCUACAGAUCCCAAAUCCUUGAUUGAGCAGGCUAUCUCUACGUCUCUUAUGCAAGAGAUGUCGUCUGCAGCCUUUGGGUUUGGUGCGCCAAGGAAAGCUCGAGAGACCAUGGUAGCUUAUGGUAUAGGCAGACCAUAUCCCCCCAGUACAGCCAGACUUGCAGACCUACAACCUAUGGGCAUCAAGGACUUACAAAGGGAGACACAUCAUCGGGGUUUCUUUCUUCCCUUGCGUCGUGUGUCGCCUGUAGCUAUACUUCAGGCCUCCUCCUGGACUGUCGUCAAAGACCAGUCAUCUGACGAGGUGGAGCGCCUGGAAGUCUUUCUCCAUACGUCGCAGUUUGGCGAAAACAUCCUAGACAUAGCUUCUGAGCUGGUGGUCAAAGAGCCGUACUACACUCUCAAUGGUCAAGGAGAACGCACGAUUCGUAUAGACCAUCCAUCAGAUCUCGUCGUCCGCACGAUGUCCGGGAGCCAAGAGUCGUGGCGGCACAAGGAGCAUUACUCAGGAAGACCUGACCUUGCGUCUCCGGAACAUUACAAGAGGAAGGGAAACGACGCACUUCUGAAGAAGAAGAACUACUCCGACGCGUACUUUUGGUAUACGGAGGGUCUGAAGCUUUUGAAGAGUGACGAAGGUUGCGAGACUGUACGCAAGGACCUGCACCGUAACCGAGCCCAUGUCAACCUCCACCUUCAGAUAUUCGAUGAAGCAAUAUCGGAUGCCUUAGAGUCUCUGACUAGUGAUGAGACUAAAGAUCUUAAGUCUCUUGACGCCAAGGCAUAUAAUCGCGCAGGUCUUGCGGCAUACUCUCAAGGCGAGUUCCUCAAGGCUCGACGCUACUUCGAGCAGCAAGAGAGACUCCAACCAGAUGAUCAGCAUCCGAAGCUACAUCUACGAAGAGUCGAUGCAAGACUGCGAGAGGAGGCUAACGGGAUCUACAAUAUGAGCAAAAUCGUGAGCAAUCUAUCCAAGACGGGAGGCAGGCCCGAUACAGCCUCGUAUUACGGUCCAACAGAGAUCAAAAACAGCCCUGGAGCUGGUCGUGGUCUUUUUGCAACCCGAGACAUCGAAACAAACGAGAUCAUCUUGUGCGAGAAAGCGUUUUGUGCGGCCUGGAGUCACGAGGCCGAAACGUUCACGGCGCUGGCGUGUGAUCUUCGAGAAGACGCCGCAAUCAAGGUCUUCCCCGCUGGAUUGCAUAAAGCCGUCGUGAAAAGGCUUCUCAACAAUCCAUCGCAGGUCGAGAAGGUACUUCGUCUACAUGGCGACUACCAUGGACUUGGGGGAAAAUUGCAGGAAGUCGACGGUUCACCUGUAAUCGACACGUUUCAGGUACACGAUAUCAUCCAACGCAACGCCUUUGGUUUGGGUCAACAAACCGAGGAUGAAGAUGUCAGCAACGCUAGUACUGGUCUUUGGAUACGGGCAUCUUACAUCAACCACUCUUGUAUUCCCAAUGCAAAGAAGGAUUUCGUUGGUGAUCUCAUCAUCUUUCGCGCUAUGAGAAGAAUUGUAACUGGUGAAGAGAUCACCCACAGCUAUGAUGAGUCGAGUUACUAUGAGGCAAGAAAGACAAACAUUCGGAGGACAUGGAACUUUGAAUGUCGCUGUCAGCUUUGUCUUGUUGAGGGAGCAGAGAGCGAAAAUAUCCGGAAAGGAAGGCGGCAGGCUGAAGAGAAGGCAAACUACUUUGCAAAAGCAAACAGCCCUUAUGAUGCGAGUAGGAUUAUGGUGAGAAGGUCAAAGAUGCUACGUCAGACACUCAACGAGACGUAUGAUGAGAAGAGCUAUAAAGGACUACCGCGUCGGGCACUUGCGGUGAUAGACGAGUGGCUCCGGAUAGCCAGUACCAGGUAGUCGUUACAUGUCGGAAAAUACAAGAGAUAUCAAGAG